GUUGCGAUCGCCAGUGUGCCGUUUGAUGACCGAGAAGCAGGCCUACACCUGGGGUUCCUUCAGCAAGCAAAGCAGUUGGAGGCGGCAGAAGGUUUGACAGCUGCCGAAAUCGUGCUUUGGAGUAAAGUGGUUGCAGUUUCGGAAAAGCCACGCAUGUUGGAUUCCAUUCACCAUGGCUCAGUUGUAGAAUUGUGGGCACUCACACAAGCCUUUGACUUUCACUGUCUCAUUUGGAGCCAGGAGGACGAUAAAAACAUUUGGAUUCAUGACAUGGCCUACAUCACCGAUUCGGAAACACAACUGAAAUUGCAAGAACAUUCCAAUGUCUUAGAGCUUUUCCACCGAAACACUGGUAUCACCGGGCACUAUGACCUCGUCCAACGCGCGGAAGCAUUGCGCGAACCAUUCCCUGAAACACCAUGGUUGGAAACUUGGAGAACAGAGAGUUCGGAAGCCGUGUUGUGUCUUGCUGCAGAAAGCCUUCGAAACCCAGUGGAAGUGUCACCCAUGUCGCUGCAUAGUCAGUCAUCGCACGUUGAAGAUCAGAGUGCAGUGUGCGAAAAUCAUGCCGCAGAGGAAGCAGAGCGGCCAACGGCAGGGUCAUCCGGGCAACCGCAGCGGACCAGCCGCACCACUGCGGCAGAAUCGGAUGCAACAACGUGUCAGCCAAAUCGGUCGCAGCAGGUGCAUGACACAACUGAAGCCGGCAAAGAGGCAGCCACUGGUGUCUGGGAAGGGCAUGACGACGCAGAGGAGUCGGAGGGUGCAGCCACCGAUGUGGAUUGUGACAGCGUGCUUUCAUGGGAUUCGAACUGGUCAGAGAGCUCAAACGAGGCGGAUCUGCAAGUCACCGUGGAUCCGACAAAGACAUGGGUCACGGUCGAAGAUCGCGACCAGGAACGCAUUCGACAAAUAGCAGUCCAACUGCGACAACAUCCUCUUCUGCCUUCUCCAGCAGCGAUGAGUCAAUUUCCCGCCACGCAGCCAAACAGUGGUCUCGUGUACCCAGCUGUGCAUUGCGCCUUUGAGGGAUGCAGGUGGGCAUCCGACAAACAACCGUGCCACCCGCACUGGUCCAAAGAAAAAGUGUGGCACAUGAAUGACACUACAUGGGUACACACUACAUUGAAGUGCUGCGGAAACGGGGUCGUGUGUUUGUGGGCACACCUCCAUGAGUGCCAUCCUGAACACUUCGCAGACAUACCCCGUGAGCUUGUGGCGUCAACAUACACGGCUGCAUUGGUUGGCUGGAGCGUCGAUCGGCGCACGCUGCGUCGACUACAGGUCGAACUGGAUGACAACAAUUGCCAAGCAUUGAUUUGUGCCUGUUGCGCCCGAGUGACCCCGGGAGGCAUGGGAGGGGAGAUCGGCUACAUAUCUGUCAAACACUUGUUCGGUGCACUGACCCCAGAAGCAGCCAAGGCAAAUUGGAGCCUAGAAAGUUACAUGACGCAAUAUGGCACUGUGGCUUCUGUGCCAAAUCGUCUCCAAGCAAGCGAGUGGACUCGAACCCUGCCAGACGCAAUCUGCGAAGGCAUGCCACUUUUAUGCUGCCCGGAAGAUUUUCGCUGCAAACAUUGCGCCCAGGGUUCGCUGCAACUGUGUGAAGGUUGCGAACUGCCAUUGUGUCGCAAUUGCCUGGAAAACAUGUGCAGACAGAACGCUUGUGCAGUGCCAGAAGCUCUGGCGAAUGACAAUUGGGUUGGGUACCCAACAAAGUUGCUGUACACCCACCAGGUGCGUUGGAUAGAAGCAGCGGCCGCCUCUCCUGUCUGGACUUCCGUCAUCAAUUAUUACCUGGAGGCCGACCGAGGGAAUUUGAUAGAAGAACACUUGCAUCGGCCAGAACACAGGACUGCAAUCCGAGGCAAUGUUUCUUCCUUUAGCAUUCCAUGGGAAGAGGUGCUCGCUGCCUUGGCCCCCGAUACGCAGCGGGCCACGACCUGGGAAAAGUUGCCUCACCCGCCACAAGUGCUCCAGGCUAUUGUGAAAAUCAAUGUGAAAGGCAUGUUAUACAAUGAGGCAAUUGAGUGGGUAGCAGGGGCACGCAUCCGACCGUGGGUCGUCAUCGCACUCUUGCAUCACCUCAUCGACCUGCAACAUCCAAUGUGUAGCUCGCCCUUGUCGGCAGACGAGGCAAAAGCAGCAGUGACGCAACGCGUGACUGUCACCUAUGGGGUGGAAGAAACAAGGCCGCUAGUCGACAUGAAGCACAUGCCUUCACCAGAGAAGAUGAGCCAGAGCAGCGCUCAGGUAGCAGCCGAAGUCCCAGCCACACCGGCCGCGUCACAGAAGCAACAAGUUCCAGCAACAACACCUAGCCAAGGCAGAUCUCAACCAGUGUCUGCCAAGCCAGAGCAGGAUGCCUCGCCGGGCAACAAUUAUUCACCCCAGGUGACAAGCCAGAGCAGCGCUCAGGCAACCGAAGCGACGGCGUCGGCGAACAACAUGGAGUCGACCGGCCAAAAGCUCAGGGAUCCUACUUCAGCUCCGCUGAGCCCGUCCGGGAAAGUCCUCGUCGCCAGAGUGGAAGCAAGCCAACAACGACCGCAGAAACACGCCACACCUGAAACAGGUGCAGAGACAGCUUUGGAUGGCCAAGCUUUCAUAGGCAGUGUGCAUCCAAACGUUUUGUCACAAGAUUAUACAGGUGCGGAAUGGAAAGAUCCUGACGUUGAUAUGUUGUUGCAAUUGAGUAAUGCAACUGACACGCUCACCAUCCGAACCGGGCACAACUUCUGGGACCAAUGGCAAAAUGAUUUCCUUCCAUGGGCUUUCCCCUUCAGCAUCCCAGCGCCCGUCAGUGGUCCCGACUUUCCGCACAAAGCGCGACCACGGAGGCCCGAAGAGGCACCGCACUUGCAGCCCUUGGCACAUUUGAAACUGAUGGCCGGACGCAUUGAGAGUUCGAUUCGCAAUUCACGGGACCUCAUUCCCGGGCUUAGAAGAUUGACGUUCAAAUGGCAUUCGGUGUGGCAAGGCUCCCUUUGGCGGAAAUGGAAGUCGCAAAGGCAAGCCAUUGCACCGGUACCAACGCUCAAGUGGGUACAAGCGGCGCGCGGCCUCUACAACAAGCUCCGAUCCGGCACAUAUAUCACUCCAGGUGGAAAGCCGAAACCCAUCCAGUUCGAUACACGUAAAUUGCCUUAUGCACGAGGCCUCACAACAGACGAAAAAGAAUUGCUCCAGGAUGUGAAAGGCAUGCAAGGCCAUAUGCCUGGAACGAUUGAAGUCCGCCGUCGCAUUGGGCGUUUCCUAUUUGGGGCUAGGGUUGAGCUGGGAGAACCCCUCUUCAUCACGAUAUCCCCUACAACCCGUCAUAACAGUUUGUGCAUCAAAUUCAGCCGCUAUCGUGCCGCAGAUCCUGGCGGAGCUGAAGAAGGAGCACGCGAUCGCCCCAAGCUAUGGGAGACCGCAGAAGCGAACAUCGAAGUGCCGCCUUACGACACCCGCAGACAGCUCACUGCGAGGGAUCCGUGGGCGGUCGUUCUAAGCUUUCAAACAGUGGUGCGGUGCAUCUUCGCCAAACUGCUCGGCAUCCGCAUGUGCUUUCGUUGCCCAGCAUGCGAUUGCCGCGAUGCACGCGGACACGGGUGUCAUGUGACGGGGGGCAUCCUUGGCAUUGUCACCGGCCUAUGCGGAGCAAUCGAAUAUCAAGCCAAUUCCACACCGCAUUUCCACUGCAACGUGUACAUCGCUUCCAUUUGGCAACAAUCCUUAAGUGAACUUGCAGCCAAACUGAAUGACAGCACCAUCACAUUCGAGGACGUGCAACAAUUCUUGACAUGGGCACACUCCGAAUCCCAUCCUGACCUAGCAAGCCAUACGCAACAGCAAGACCACCUUGAAGCAGACUGGGCCCAGAACAACUGCAAAUCAAGCCACGAUUUUUUGUGUCAGUGGCCAGAAUUCCUUGCCGAAGACAAAGCGGCCAGUCCAUGGUUGAAAGGAGUGGAACCAAAGCAGGCAUUGGCCGACGCAAGUCGUUUCAUCCACCAAUACCGUCUAGCAGCACAAAGCAAGAUCAGCCAUCAGCAGCUUCACUGGCAUCCGUGGAACGUCGUGCAGAAGUGUCGGUUGCCUAUAGCCGCUUGCAGAAAGAAGGGGGCGCCAAACAAGUGUAAGCACAAUUUCCCAAAAGUUCAGAACGAAAAAGUUCGAGUGAUUUGUAGAGGGAACGCACGAAAAUUUGCCCAGAGCACUGCCGGGCGGCGGAAUGCAUUAGGCAUGGUCUUAGACAAAAGAGACGAUCCGUGGUUAUCGGGCACCAUGCACGCAUUCACCCUCAUGUUAUUUGGUAAUUCACACACUGCCGUAAAUUUCCGAGUGCCUUUGUCUGCAAGCACCCACGACUCAGACUGCAACCGAGGCUGCUUGGCAAAGAACAUGCUUCCAAAACUGCAACGGGCAAUGGCACAAGCAGCCCGCCGGUCCACCAGAUACUUCACCGGCUACUUACAGAAGCCGCAGCCGUUAGGCAAAAAGGAAUUGCAACAAGCAGCCAAGCAAUUGCAUUUCCUGGAAGAAGCAGCUGCAAAAGAUGACGCGGCAGCGCACUACCGUAAAGUUGUACAUAGAGUCUUCGGGGAUCUCGAAUUUCGUUGCUCAGUACGCCCCGUCACAGAAGAAUUCAUGCUUGCGGGCUUCAGCAACAUGACCGAUCCCACCACCGCCGAGUGCAUCCGGAGUUUUCCCGUUGUCCCGUUUGUAGGAAUAGAGUGGGUUGGUAUAUUAGACCUUGUCACAGACAUUCGUCAUAAAGUGCAACCUCCCAACCCGCAUAAAAGUACUUUGAAGUCCUCCGAAGUAUACGGGUGGCGGGGAACCGACGCACGAGUGUUCCACUUGAGCCCGUGGGAGUUCAUCAAAUGGUGGAGUCUAAAAAAAUUACAGCCGCCCACCAAAAAUGCAACUGAAGACGGACAAGGGCUCAGUGUUUGGGUGAGUAAGCAAGGCACCGACAGGAAACCUGUGGAUGGCUGGCAAUAUGGCCGUGAUUACAUUUGGAAACAUCCAUUGCCAAACAGCCGAGCCGCCAACCUUGUCCGGCUACCGCAGUGCAAUGGAUGCAGUCGAGUGCAGGAAUACUAUCUGGAAAGACGGACCGAACCGCUGAUCCCAUAUCCGACGACAUGUCCGUUGCCGAAGCCCGACAUGUCAAAGGAUGCACAGGCGAGGCUCCUCAAUGUCUAUCUGAGGCCCUGGACACUUGAUCUGAAAAGUGCUACCCCGCAUGUCCCGCAUAUCAGUGCCUUAGACUUAGAGAUAAGAAGUACUAGUCUCAACCCCGGUAAACGCUUGUUCACCAAAACCGCACCGGGUCCAAGAAGUCACCACUUAGCAUGGACAGCAUAUAUCCAGCACCACGUUGUGUCUAAACAUGCAGCUCGCACUAUUCGAAACUUUCUCUCCGCAACGGAAUGUGAUCCAGAAGAAGUCGACCUGGCCGAAACACCUGCCAAGCCAACAGACCAUGAAGUGGAUACGACCUGGGUAACGUCUGACACCAUCGAUAAACUUGUCCGAGGUGUAGGCUUCGAAUAUUCGAAACGGUCAGGUCCAGCGGUACGCCGCAUAGUUGAGGAAUGGGAGUCGAACCCGCAGGUUGAUACAAUAAACACCUGGUUUGUAAACACUGGCAUAACUGACGUAAAACUUGACCCUAGUCAAAGCAAAGCGCACCAACCGACACCGUUGCGGGAGAACGAACCACUGAGCUGGACCUACGGCAAGUUAACUCCAGAGUCCGCCACAGCAUGGUUGCAGCGCCUCGCAGAGCAGGGCUCUGUGGCAGUCGAUCCAGCCGCAUGCAGUGCAGAGCCGCGCUCAGCAAGUGCAGAGCCGCGCUCAGCAUGUAAACCCACAGCCGAACAACUGAAAUUCCUGGGUGCUGUCGUCGACCGCUGCCUCACAGAGGCUCAAGAAGAACAGGCCGAAAGGUCCCGCAGUGAGCCUUUGCGUGCAGUGUUCCACGGGGUUCCAGGAGCUGGCAAAACCCAAACCCUCAAGUGGUUGCGUGCUUUUUUCGAAGAUAUGUGUGGGUGGCAGCAUCAACAAGAGUUUGUAUACUUAGCACCGCAGAACACCCAAGCUGCACUUAUUGCUGGCAUGACGCCACACUCGUUUGCCAAUAUCCAGGUGAAAACCAAAACGGCCCGAGCAAAAAACACUAGCACACCGGAACAGUUCGCUAAGUAUCAACGACUACGGUGGCUGGUGGUGGAUGAAUCUUCAACUGUCGGGCUCGAAAUCUUGGCCACGCUGGAGAAACGACUGCAGCAGUCGACCAGAGAUCGGGAUACGUGGAAACUUCGGCCAGGGGGAGAACUGCGGCCAUUCGGAGGGCGCAACAUCAUCUUGACGGGGGACUUGUGGCAGUUCCCGCCAGUCAAAGCCACAGCCAUCUACCAGAACCCUUUCCAGUCAAACACAACCUUCCAAGUCAACGCGCUGCAGCAAAUAUGUUGGUCGCACACCUCGCUCGCCAUCCCACACCUGUUUGAACUCACCCUCGAACAGCGGUGCGAGGACGCCUGGCUCAGCCAAAUUCUUCACCAGGCGAGGCAUGGAAACAUGUCGCAGGAAGUGUGGUCUUUCUUACAUGGGUUUCCAACACUCCAUGCGGGCUCGUGGUCCUUUCAAACCAAUGAAGCCAGCUGCGGCCAAAAAACUUGCAACAACCUACAUCUUCAACCCACCGCCCCCAACCAGUUGGAAUGUGUAAUUUGCCACCAAGAAAGGGCACGUCGAUGCAUCGUAGGCAAAGACCCAAAAGCCGAGCACUUCCUCAACCAUCCGUUUGUGCAUGGGCUGAAUGCCGCCAAGUACAUUGCAGCCAACCUUCGUGCCAAAUGGGUAGCCACCACUCGCAAACACAAGUUGCUUUGGAUCAUUGCUCAAGAUACCCCGCUUUUUCAUGUGGAGGCGACGGAACUACAGGCCCGGCGUGAAAAUUGGUUACAGCGCCAUGACCAGUCCACCGGCGGUGUCGUAGGAAUCUUACCACUUCUCCAGAACAUGCCAAUCCGAGUGACGCAAACUCUGUCUGACCUGAAAGCCUUCGGGCUCUUUAAAAACACCCGAGGCACCCUUUGGAAUUGGACACUCCACGAGGCCGACCAAGAGGCCGUGGGAGCUGUAGCAGGCCAAGACAUUGUAUUACAACGCCUUCGGCGGGCGUUGUACGUCAAGGUCGAAGGUGCGAAGUGGCAACAGCGCCCAGACUUGCCCGUUGGAGUCGCUCGGAUCGAACCCGUCACCCAGACGUGGACACUCGAAACCAACGGCAAAGCUACAGUCUCCCGACGCGGCUUUCCAAUAGCAUCCGAUUACGCUGGCACAGCGCAUUCCUUUAUGGGGGCAACCCUGGGUGCAUGCACAUUGGACCUUGGCACGUGGGAUGCCACGACCUCCCGCGAGGCACAGCUCAGCGGGUACAUGUGUUUAUCGAGGGUCCGAAAAACAGAAGAUUUGUGUAUAGUCCAACCUUUCUCCCCCAACUUGUUUAGUCACGGAGAGUUAAUUGGACCCCACACAUUCUUAGAAGUGCAUCGCGAAAAGCUGACACUGGCACAGGCCAAAGUCCGAUUUGAGAAAGACAAGCCGAACAAGCAAAGGAAUCGUGACAUCAUGUUGUUUUGCCGCGGUUGCAGUCCACAACCGCAUCUACAAGAGAAACUGUUGCCACUUCGCGAAUUCGUUUCGGCCUGGGACCAAGAGGAAUGGUACCGUGUACUGUCAGACGGCAUGUGUCGCUUUUGCACCCAGUGUAAAACGAAGCAAAGCAGCCCUGCAGCCAAGGGGAAGCCCAAGGCAGUGAAUGCCUGCGCAUAUUGCCAGACCUUGCCAGCCGACCAGACCGGCUACUGUUCGAAGUGUGCCAAAAUUCGCUUAGCCUGCAGCAAGUGUGAUAUCGGGAAGAAAAUCAAAACAAAAAGCCUGCUAGAUUUUAGCCCGGAAGAAAUCGCACGAAGGAAAAAAACCAAAGAACUCCGAAGAGCACGCUGCAAGAAGUGUGCUGUCGCCCCAGUGACAGCAAAGGCAAAACAGGGUUUGUGCAGCAAUUGCAACAAAGCCAUCAGUGUGUCCCACCUUGUGCACUACAGUGCAGACUCUCAAACCGGAGUUUCCCGUGCGUGCGUGGCAAAGCAAGCGCGGGCACCCAAGACUUGCGCAAGGUGUGCUCAACCCUUGCAUGCAAAUGCAAGUCCAGGGACUUGGUGCACUGCCUGUGCAUUUCCCCCUUGCAGUGGAGGUUGUGGGCAGCCACGCCCCCAAAAAGCACCCAACCAUGCCAAGCAGAAAGCCGAUUGGUAUUGUCAAAACUGCAAAGGAAAAUGUGCCAACUGUGGCGGCCUCUUGCCACGCAACGCAGAGGCUGGCACCUGGUGUGCCACAUGUGCAUAUCCACCGUGCAGUGGAGGUUGUGGCGAGCCCCGCCCACAUGAAAGAAGAUACCACGCCCAGCACAAGCCGCUUUGGUUCUGUCUAGCAUGCAGUGUACGCAAUGGUUACCCGCCGUGUCCAAUGUGCGGUCUGCAACGCCCGCAAGAAAGUCGUUACCAUGUCAAAGUCAUGCCGCACUGGACCUGCGAAGCUUGCACGGUAAAGUCUUGUCCCAAGUGCGGGGAAGUUCUUGGUGCAAAAGCACCUGACGGGGCAUUGUGUUUAGCUUGUGCAUAUCCACCAUGUGAGAGCUGUGGGUCACAACGCCCGCAAGAGAGUCGGUACCAUGUCAAAGUCAUGCCGCACUGGACCUGCGAAGCCUGCACGGUAAAGUCUUGUGCCCAGUGCGGGGAAGUUCUUGGUUCAAAAGCGCAAACGGGUGCAUUGUGUUUAGCGUGUGCAUAUCCACCAUGUGAGAGCUGUGGGUCACAACGCCCGCAAGAGAGUCGGUACCGUGUCAACGUCAUGCCGCAGUGGACCUGCGAAGCCUGCUCAGUCAAGUCUUGUCCCAAGUGCGGGCAAAUCCUUGGUCCAAAAGCUCAAGAUGGUGCAUGGUGUUUAGCCUGCGCAUAUCCGCCCUGUGAGCGUUGUGGUCGCCCACGGCCAAGGACGCGCAGUGAAUACCAUGCGCAGGUCAUGCCAAUAUGGACGUGCGAGGCGUGCAGCGGGAACAGCCAUACUGGGGUCCCAAAGAAAAGGCUUCGCAGAGGUUAG